GGCUGUAAAAUACAGACAGGCAAAUUAAACAGUCAGCUAACCCGGCAAGGGAGACACAAAAGUUGAAGUUUGAAUAUUCGUGCAGAUAAUUACAGUGAAAUUAGUUAAAAGUCAACUUGAUUUUCGACAAUUCAUUGUGAAUUCUUAAUUCUACAUGCAAAAAACAAACUGCGCAUUUGCCACAACUUUCAAGUUCAAUCUAGUUGUUGAAAACUAUUUGUUUUUCCAGUUGUUUGCUCAACUGUCGCACUAAGACUGAGUGAAUAUUGAACAGUUAAUCAAACUGAACUCACAGAUUCGUAAUGAAAUUUAGAUUGAGUUUAACUUUUGUGUGCUGCCUGCUGUCAGUACUAAGCGAAAUCAAACUUGUGUGCGGCGCCAAAAUACUUGCUGUCUAUGCAUUUCCAGGCAAGAGUCACUACAUGAUGCACACGGCGCUGAUAAGAGAACUCAUCGAGAGUGGCCAUCAAGUGACAAUGAUUGCAGCAUUUUCCCUCGAGUCACAAAGCCUCGGCAGCAACUACACGGAAUUGCUCAUAGAACCUGUCUACGAUUUCUGGCAUGACGUGAAGCUCAACUUUGGCGUCGAACAUCUAUUUGAUCUCACACAAAUGACAAACUACGAUUUUCUCAAAAUGCUGGAGAUUAUUGGACUCAAGACCACGGAGCAUGCAUUGAAGCAGCCCAAGGUGCAGAAGCUCAUCCACGCCAAGGAGACGGAGGGAGUCUUCGAUCUGCUGCUGGCCGAGCAGUUCUAUCAGGAGGCCUUUCUCGCCUUAUCAUACAAGUACAACAUACCUAUAGUGACAACCAGUACGCUGGGCUACGAGAAUCACAUGAGUCAGAUGAUGGGACUGAUCUCGCCGUGGUCCUUUGUGCCUCAUGGUUUUAUGCCCUUCACCGAUCGCAUGUCUUUUGUGGAGCGACUGCGGAAUACUUACGUUUCGUUGUAUGAGGACUUUGAUCGCCUGCUUAACUAUUUCCCCAAAAUGGAUGCAAUAGCAACAAAGUAUUUCAACACAGUAAUGGCUGAGGUGCCAAAGGUCAGGCACAUGGAGACGCAAAUCUCGGUGAUGCUGCUGAACAGUCACGCACCGCUGACAACGUCACGUCCCACCGUCGAUUCGAUGGUGCCAGUGGGCGGCAUGCAUAUCUAUCCACCGAAGCAGUUGCCCAGGGAUAUGCAAAGCUUCCUCGACGGGGCCACAGAUGGCGCCAUCUUCUUCAGUCUCGGCAACAAUGUGCAGAGCAAAGAAAUGCCACCCGAGAUGCUGCGGCUAUUCCUCAAGGUCUUUGGCUCCCUGAAGCAGCGUGUUCUAUGGAAAUUCGAGGACGAAUCAAUUGGCCAGCUGCCGGCGAACAUCAUGAUCCGUAAGUGGCUGCCACAGGCGGAUAUUCUGGCGCAUCCCAAUGUCAAAGUAUUCAUCACACACGGCGGUCUCUUUGGCACCCAAGAAGGUGUGCACUAUGCGGUGCCCAUGCUAGGCAUACCCUUCUACUGCGAUCAGCAUCUGAACAUGAACAAGGCUGUGCUAGGUGGCUACGCUAUUAGUCUGCACUUUCAGUCCAUCACUGAGCAAUUGCUCACUCACUCGUUGCUUCAGCUCAUCCACAACGUCACCUACAAGGAGAAUAUUCAACGCGUCUCGCGCAUCUUCCGCGAUCGUCCGUUGGAGCCGCGCAAGAAUGCGGUUUAUUGGAUCGAAUAUGUCAUUCGCCAUAAGGGUGCUCCACAUAUGCGUUCAGCUGGUCUGGAUCUCACCUGGUAUCAAUUCUAUUUGCUGGAUGUGAUUGCCUUUGCAGCAGCCACAAUCGUUGGAGUUUUCCUGCUGGUCAGCUUUGCACUGCGUUUGCUUAGAAGUCACAAACAAAAGCAACAAAAGGAAAAAGCAAAUUAACAUUAAUUGUCAUUUAAAAUUUUACAAAUUGCAAUCACAUA